GGAACGAUGAAACGACCCUAAUACCACUUAUGCAGCUACAUUUAAGUCGCUAACCUUCAUAACAAAAUAUGAAUAUGUAUAUGGACAAAAUAAAACAAUAGGAAAGACUAGAUUAGAAUUUAAAACGAAAAUGUUAUAUAUGAAUUUAUAUCAAUUAUAUCAAAGCGUUAAUAAUAUUAUUCAUACAUAGCUGAAUGUCCAUAACUUAUAAAAGAAAGCUUAAAAAAUGAAAAUAAUAUAAAACAUUAUACAGAUCAUUUGAAAAUGAUUUUUGAAUUUCUCAAACGAUUAUUUUGGAAAGCAGAUGAAGGCAAUCGAAAACGUAAAGCAAGUGAAACCCUUAUCAAAAUUAAUGACGAUGAAAUUCUUACUAAAAAAUGUCGUCGUGAUUUUGUAUCCAGUAACCAUGUUAAAAUCAACCAAACACAAUUAAAUUCAUCGAAUCAUUCAUCUUUAAAUUCACAAGAAUUAAAAAUUAAAAUGCAAAAUAACAAGAAAUUAGAUUCGUUGGAAGCUGUAAAUUUAAGUUUACCUCCAAUUAAUAUAAGUACUUUUGAAAUAGAUAAUUCUAUGGUACAAAAAGAAUCAAAUCAAUUUACAUUAUACAAUACUUAUAGAUUAUCAGAAAAAAAACAAUACAGUGAUAUGUUACUAAAUUUUUUACCUUCUGAAAGAAACAAUAUUGAUAAAGAAAUAUGUAGCAAUGUACAUCAAGGAAAUCUUAAUAAAAAACAAUUUUUAGAACAGCAGUUAUUUGAUAAUAAAUAUGAUAAGUCUUCAAAUUUUCAAUCAAAAAUCAUUUAUAAAUCUUGGGCUUUUCAUAAUUCUCACAAAUAUCUAAAAUCUCAGUCUCAAAAAUGUGUACCUCUAAGUGAUAUAACUCAUGAACAAGAAUAUAAAAAACAGAAUCAAGAAUGCAGUAAAUCUCAAAAUUCAAUAAUUCGAAGUCCACCAAUAGAAGUUAUAAAAACAAAUACAUUAAGAGACAAGUUAUCAUCAAAACAAGUAAUGAAACAAAAUUUUAUUUCUCAAAUAACUGAAAAAUAUGAUGAACGCAUAAAACAGCGUUAUAAAGAAGCAGAAGAAUUAAAAAAACUAACAUACAUUUUAUCAAAACAUAAUCAGUUGAGUAGAGAAACUGCUCUUGAAGAUCAUUUAAAUCGUUCAAUGCGUCUAUGUGAAGCUGUUCUAGAUGAAGGAUUACCUGAAGAGGUAUCAAAACUACCUCAACUCACUCUAGAUAUGAAAGAACGCAUAAAACUUGCUUUAUCAUCAGGUGCUACAGAUGAAGUUUUAGUAGAAAAAUUUGGAUUAAGAAUAACCAAAAAAGAUAUUCAAACAUUAGCUGGUUUAAAUUGGCUCAAUGAUGAAGUAAUCAAUUUUUAUAUGAAUUUAAUAAUGACUCGAAGUAACAAUGAUAAAUAUCCUAAUGUUUAUGCUAUGAAUACAUUCUUUUACCCAAAACUUAUUUCUGGGGGACAUUCGUCUUUAAAGCGAUGGACUAGAAAAGUAGAUAUAUUUGCCAAAGAUAUAAUAGUUAUACCAAUUCAUUUGGGAAUUCACUGGUGCAUGUCUAUAAUAGACUUUCGGAAAAGAUCUAUUCAAUAUUUUGACAGCAUGGGAUCUCCGAAUUAUAAAUGUUUGCAGGUGUUAAAGCAAUAUUUACAGGAAGAAAGUAUAGAUAAAAAGAAGAAACAUUUUGACUUUCUUGAUUGGACCUUUGAAUGUAUAAAAGAUAUACCACAACAGAUGAAUGGUAGUGACUGUGGAGUUUUUUCUUGUAUGUUUGCUGAAUAUAUCUGUUCAAAUAAAACAAUUAAUUUUACUCAAGAUGAUAUGCCAUACUUCAGAAAUAAAAUGGUUUAUGAAAUAUUGACAGUACAAUUACUAUGAUUCUGCAAAGUUAUUAAAUUAGUAACAUUUGAAUAAUAUUCUAUAUUGUACAAUAAAUAAUUGUUCAUAAUAGAUCUACAAAUCAUCUCACAAUAUACACAUUUUUUAUCAUAUAAUGUAAAUUAAAAAUAAAAAUAAAAUUAUCCUAUUAUUAAAAUACAAAAAAUUGUAAUAAUAUGUAGUUUAAUGAUUUCUGUCUGUAAUUAAAGUUUAAUCAAAUAAAUUAAUAUACGAGUUA